AUGUCUCCUAAGAUUGCUGUCAUUGGCGGUGGACCCGCCGGACUGACACUCGCAUCUAUCCUCAUUCGUAACGGCAUCACCCCUACCGUCUUUGAGCACGAUGCGUGCCCUAACGCCCGCUCCCAGGGCGGUUCGCUUGAUCUGCACCCUGGCACAGGACAGGCAGCAUUAGCUGCCUGUGGCUUGACUUCUCAAUUUGAGAAGUAUGCCCGUUAUGACGAUCAGGACUUCACUGCAGCUGACAAGCACGGAAAUCCAGUCCUCGAAUUGAGAGACCGAGAUGUCGGUCGUCCCGAAAUCGAUCGCGGUCGGAUUCGUCAGAUGUUGCUAGACUCAAUUCCAGACGGUGUCAUCAAGUGGGACCAUCACCUAGUAGCCGCCACCGAGGAUUCUCUUCAGUUCAAGGACCAUACGGAAUCUGGAUGGGACUUGAUCGUAGGAGCGGACGGAGCCUGGUCAAAGAUCAGACCACUAUGCUGCUACGUGUCUCCUUUCUACACUGGAAUAUCCGCUUUUACAAUGAACUUGACUGAAGCAAGCACCAAACAUGCCGCCAUUUCAGAGAUGGUCGGUAAAGGAACUUACUACGCAAUUGGGGAGGACGACGGCCUUGCACUGGCUUAUCAACGCAACGACAAUGACUCGAUACUGGUAUAUGCCUUUGGCCGAAGACCAGGAAACUGGAUCGAAAAUUCUGGCAUCGAUAUAAAUAAUCAAGAUUCCAUUCGUGCUGCUCUCAAAAAGGACUAUGCACUUUGGAAUCCGAAAUUGUGCGCAGUCUUUGAUGAAUGUGCCAAGUUCUCUUUCUCCUCCCUUUACAUGCUCCCUGUAGGAGUUAGAUGGCCAUCACACAAAAAAGUGACUCUCAUUGGAGAUGCAGCUCAUCUCAUGACUCCAUUUGCCGGCGAGGGAGUAAACUUGGCGAUGACCGAUGCCAUGGAUCUUGCAAAUGCAAUUAUCUCCAAGCCUGACGAUAUUGCUGACGCCAUCGCAGAGUUUCAACCAGCCAUGUGGGAGCGUGCCAAGAUUGCAGGCCAUGUUGCAUGGGAAAAUACCAUGGGAAGGUUUGAACCAGGUGCCUUGGACGCCUGGGUGAAACGAUUCCAGAAAAUGUUGGAAAAUCAGGGCAAUCUUCAAUUGUUGGAAUUGACGAAGCGGAAGAAGUGA